AGUGCUGUUAGACGGCUCUACAAGAAGUGCUUUGUCCAGGCCUACUCUGUGCUUUACAUCCACUCUCAGACCUUCAUAUAACUCUGUGAGGUGGGCAUUCUUCCUGCUUUACCAAUGAGGAAACUGCUCAAGGAGGUCAAGUAACUUAUCUAAAACCCAGUAAGUGUGGAAUGGGGACUGGACACCCCCAACAAACCUCAUUUGACUCUGGAGUCAGGAUGGGCUGACUUGUUCCCUCAGCACGCUGCCUCCGGCAGCCCAGGAGGCCAAGCUGAACACGACUGGGGCUCCAGUCUCUGGGGUUCGAUCCUCAGCAGCCUUGCCAGAAGGGGGCCGCUGAGCACUGCGAGAGCAACAGGCUGGUUACCGCCAGCACAGGCAGCCUGCGAGCAGGCAGGUGGAGCUCUCGCUCCGUGCCUGGGCUCCUCUGCGGUCUGUGCAGCCGUUUGCAUUUCCUGAAACCGGAUCUUGGUGUCAGAGCCACCCCUGGGCCGGGCGGGUGCCUCAGCCAUGGCCCUGCGCAAGGAGCUGCUUAAGUCCAUCUGGUACGCUUUCACCGCGCUGGAUGUGGAGAAGAGCGGCAAGGUCUCCAAGUCCCAGCUCAAGGUGCUGUCCCAUAACCUGUACACGGUCCUACACAUCCCCCAUGACCCUGUGGCUCUGGAGGAACACUUCCGAGAUGAUGACGAUGGUCCUGUUUCCAGCCAGGGGUACAUGCCCUACCUCAACAAGUACAUCCUGGACAAGGUGGAGGAGGGGGCUUUUGUUAAGGAGCACUUUGAUGAGCUGUGCUGGACCCUGACGGCCAAGAAGAACUACCGGGUAGAUAGCAACGGGAACAGCAUGCUGUCCAACCAGGAUGCCUUCCGCCUCUGGUGCCUCUUCAACUUCCUGUCUGAGGACAAGUACCCCCUGAUCAUGGUUCCUGAUGAGGUGGAGUACCUGCUAAAGAAGGUACUCAGCAGCAUGAGCUUGGAGGUGAGCUUGGCGGAGCUGGAGGAGCUGUUGGCACAGGAAGCCCAGGCAGCCCAGACCACCGGAGGGCUCAGCGUCUGGCAGUUCCUGGAGCUCUUCAACUCUGGCCGCUGUCUGCGAGGUGUGGGGCGGGAUACCCUCAGCAUGGCCAUCCAUGAGGUCUACCAGGAGCUCAUCCAAGAUGUCCUGAAGCAGGGCUACCUGUGGAAGCGAGGACACCUGAGGAGGAACUGGGCAGAACGCUGGUUCCAGCUGCAGCCCAGCUGCCUCUGCUAUUUUGGGAGUGAAGAGUGCAAAGAGAAAAGGGGCACCAUCCCACUGGAUGCGCAGUGCUGUGUGGAGGUGCUGCCGGACCGCGAGGGAAAGCGCUGCAUGUUCUGUGUGAAGACGGCCUCCCGUACGUAUGAGAUGAGCGCCUCCGACACGCGCCAGCGCCAGGAGUGGACGGCUGCCAUCCAGAUGGCGAUCCGGCUGCAGGCUGAGGGGAAGACCUCGUUGCACAAGGACCUGAAGCAGAAGCGGCGCGAGCAGCGGGAGCAGCGGGAGCGACGCAGGGUAGCCAAGGAGGAGGAGCUGCUGCGGUUGCAGCAGCUGCAGGAGGAGAAGGAACGGAAGCUGCAGGAGCUGGAGCUGCUGCAGGAGGCGCAGCGGCAGGCCGAGCGCCUGCUGCAGGAGGAGGAGGAGCGGCGCCGCAGCCAGCAUCGCGAGCUGCAGCUAGCGCUGGAAGGCCAAUUGCGAGAGGCGGAGCAGGCCCGGGCCUCCAUGCAGGCUGAGAUGGAGCUGAAGGAGGAGGAGGCUGCCCGGCAGCGGCAGCGCAUCGAGGAGCUGGAGGAGAUGCAACAGAGGCUUCAGGAGGCUCUACAACUGGAGGUGAAAGCUCGGCGGGACGAGGAGGCGGUGCGUCUAGCCCAGACGAGACUGCUGCAGGAGGAGGAAGAGAAGCUGAAGCAGCUGCUGCAGCUGAAGGAGGAGCAGGAGCGCUACAUCGAGCGGGCGCAGCAGGAGAAGCAAGAGCUGCAGCAGGAGAUGGCGCAGCAGAGCCGCUCCCUGCAGCAGGCCCAGCAGCAGCUGGAGGAGGUGCGGCAGAACCGGCAGAGGGCUGACGAGGAUGUGGAGGCCGCCCAGCAGAAGCUGCGCCAGGCCAGCACCAAUGUGAAACACUGGAACGUCCAAAUGAACAGACUCAUGCAUCCAAUUGAGCCUGGAGACAAGCGUCCCACCACCAGCAGCUCCUUCACAGGCUUCCAGCCUCCUCCACUUGCCCGCCGUGAUUCUUCCCUAAAGCGCCUGACCCGCUGGGGGUCCCGGAGUAACAGUACCCCGUCACCCAGCACCAGUGAGCAGCAGAAGUCCAUCAACGGCGGGGAAGAGGCUCCCAUCUCAGCUUCCACCCCUCGGGAAGACAAAGUGGACCCAGAACCAGAAAAUUAGCCUCUGCUAGCGCCUUCCCCAUCACCCCCAAAUUCAUGCCCACCAGGACCUGGCCACAGCUGGCCUGUGGGUGACACUGGCCCCUGCAAAAGAGGGAACUGAGGACCUGGUGUCAGGGGCCAGGCCCUCCAACCACCAAACAGCCUAGAAUGGAACCUAGGAUCCAAAUGGAACCUAGUUCAUUUUUUGCAUCAGCCCCAGGCCCUAGACCACUGAAGCUGUCUGGGUGCCGACCCUUAAGAACUUGAUCUGGUGCCAUAACCCCAAGGAUCCUAUGCCUUGGGCCAGGAAGGAGGAGACAAGCAAGCCAGGGGCCAUCUGCCCCAGACUGCCACCAAGCUGUGCAGGCACAUUUCCAAAUAAAACCUGUUCUUGGAGUGAAUUGUUAA